UCCUUAGAAAUUUUGGCUCGUUGGGCUUCUUCAUUCCGGAGUGGAGUGGAGCUCAAUUUCUGGCAACAACGGAUUUAUGACAGUUAGUGUACAACAUACUCCCUUCACUUUCUAUUAAUUAUUUGCUUUCACUUUUAUGACAUUUUUUCUUGUCUUGAUAGGCAUAGACAUACAACCUCCUCGUCGCAUCAACCAUAUUUCUGUAACUGUUCAAAAUGAAGAAAAUUCCCAAGCUAAUAACGGAAGGAGGUCAAUUCGCUCAGUCGGAGGUUUAGUGGAACAGCUUGUUUCUCAUUCAAAAAAGCAGAAGGAAGGGCUUGUUUCGAAAAUCGUUGAGAUACUUGGAAUCAAACGCAUAUAUGAAAUGAAGAUUGUCCACGUCAACUCACUUGCAUUUUUAAAGCUCGCGUGCGAAGAGAUAAAUAAAGAUUUGGAAAUGCAUCAAAUGAGUUAUCCCAAUGCGAAUUGUGCAAUCUUCGAAGCUGUUAGGAAUGGGAAUGUGGAGUUUAUUACUCAUAUAUGUAAAGCAAAUCCUGAACUUCUGUGGCGAACAAAUGACGAGGGAAGGUGCAUAUUUGCCUUUGCCAUUGAAUGUCGUCAAGAAAAGAUUUAUAACCUUCUAUAUGGGAUCUCUGCGAAAGAGCGGGUGAUGCAGAUUACCGAUAGCGAAAGUCAUACCAAGCUACACAUGGCUGGGCUGUUGUCCCCAUCUGCACAAGCACAACUUAAUCGUAUUCCAGGGGCAGCAUUGCAAAUGCAGCGUGAACUGCAAUGGUACAAGGUUAGGAUUUCUGAUUCGACAUAAUUCUUAAUUACGUUGCCUAUAUGACAUAUAAACUGAAAGAAUCAAAUUAAGUAUUCGGGAGGUUCUGAAUUUGUUUUCCCUUUUUGUAAUAAUCACCCAAAUCAGCAUCAACUAUUAGGGACUGGGGGAGGGAGGGAAGAAUUGGACUCGACACUUCGGGAAAAUGUUCGUAACCAACUGAAUUACAAGUCCCCAUUAUCCACUUCCU